CCUGGCAGGCUGAGUGGGAAGCGGCUGUUCUGCUGUGGGCCUGUGGGUCUGCCGGAACUGAGUUGCAGCACGGCAGGUUUCCGCCCGGGAGAAGCCACUAAAGCGCUAGCGGGCCGGCAACAUGGCGUGGUCCGGGAAUAAGGCAGCUGUUGUGCUGUGUAUGGAUGUGGGGUUUGCCAUGGGUAACUCCUUUCCUGGUGAAGAAUCCCCGUUUGAACAAGCAAAGAAGGUGAUGACCAUGUUUAUCCAGAGGCAGGUAUUUUCUGAAAGCAAGGAUGAGAUUGCUUUAGUUCUCUUUGGUACAGAUAGCACAGAGAAUGCCCUUGCUGGUGAGGACCAGUAUCAAAACAUCACAGUACAUAGACACCUGAUGCUACCAGAUUUUGAUUUGCUGGAGGACAUUGAAAGCAGAAUCCAACUAGGACCUCAACAAGCUGACUUUCUGGAUGCACUGAUCGUGUGCAUGGAUUUGAUUCAACGUGAAACCAUAGGAAAAAAGUUUGAGAGGAAGCAUAUUGAAGUGUUCACUGACCUCAGCAGUCCAUUCAGCCAAGACCAACUGGAUAUUAUAAUUCAUAACUUGAAGAAAUCUGGCAUCUCCCUGCAGUUCUUUUUGCCUUUUCCACUUGGCAAGAAUGAUGAAACUGGGGACAGAGGAGAUGGCAGCUUGGGCUUGGACCACCGUGGACCCUCCUUUCCUCAAAAAGGAAUUACUGAGCAGCAAAAAGAAGGUGCUCGGAUGGUGAAAAAGGUGAUGAUGUCUUUAGAAGGUGAAGAGGGACUGGAUGAAAUUUAUUCCUUCAGUGAGAGUCUUCGACAGCUGUGUGUCUUUAAGAAAAUUGAGAGGCGGUCCAUGCCCUGGCCCUGCCAACUGACCAUUGGCUCCAAUUUAUCGAUAAAGAUUAUAGCCUAUAAAUCGAUUCUGCAGGAGAAAGUUAAAAAGACUUGGGUAGUUGUGGAUGCAAGAAGCCUAAAGAAAGAAGAUAUACAAAAAGAAACAGUUUAUUGCUUAAAUGAUGAUGAUGAAACUGAAGUUUCCAAAGAGGAUACUAUUCAAGGGUUUCGCUAUGGAAGUGAUAUAGUUCCUUUCUCUAAAGUGGAUGAGGAACAAAUGAAAUAUAAAUCGGAGGGGAAGUGCUUCUCUGUUUUGGGAUUUUGUAGAUCUUCUCAGGUCCAUAGAAGAUUCUUUAUGGGAAAUCAAAUUCUAAAAGUCUUUGCAGCAAAAGAUGAUGAGGCUGCAGCAGUUGCACUUUCUUCCCUAGUUCAUGCUUUGGAUGAAUUAGACAUGGUUGCCAUUGUUCGAUAUGUUUAUGACAGAAGAUCUAAUCCGCAAGUUGGCGUGGCCUUUCCUUAUAUUAAGGAUGCCUAUGAGUGUUUAGUUUAUGUGCAGCUGCCUUUCAUGGAAGACUUGCGGCAGUACAUGUUUUCAUCACUGAAAAAUAAGAAAUGCACUCCCACAGAGGCACAGUUGAGUGCCAUUGAUGAUCUGAUUGAUUCUAUGAGCCUGGUAAAGAAAGAUGAGGAAGAAGAUACCUUCGAAGACUUGUUUCCAACCACCAAAAUCCCAAAUCCUGAAUUUCAGAGAUUAUUCCAUUGUCUCCUGCACAGAGCCUUACAUCCCAAGGAGCGUCUGCCCCCAAUUCAGCAGCACAUUUUGAGUAUGCUGGAUCCUCCCACUGAGGUGACAGCAAAAUGUCAGGUUCCUCUCUCUAAAAUAAAGACCCUUUUCCCUCUGACUGAGUCCAUCAAGAGAAAGGAUCAAGUAACUGCUCAGGACAUUUUCCAAGACAAUGAUGAAGGGGCAUCCAUUGCUAAAAAAUGCAAGACUGGGGGAGAAGAAGGUCACUUUAGUGUCUCCAGCCUGGCUGAAGGGAAUGUCACCAAGGUUGGAAGUGUGAAUCCUGUUGAGAACUUCCGUGCUCUAGUGAGACAGAAGAUCACCAGCUUUGAGGAGGUGAGUCUUCAGCUAAUCAAUCACAUCGAGCAGUUCUUGGAUACUAAUGAAACACCGUAUUUUAUGAAGAGUAUCGAGUGCAUCAAAGCCUUUCGGGAGGAGGCCAUUCAGUUUUCAGAAGAGCAGCACUUCAACAGCUUCCUGAAAGCCUUUCGAGAGAAAGUGGAAAUUAAACAAUUUAGUCAUUUCUGGGAAAUUGUUGUUCAGGAUGGAAUUACUCUGAUCACCAAAGAUGAAGCCCCAGGAAGCUCUGUCACAGCUGAGGAAGCCAAAAAGUUUCUGGUCCCCAAAGACAAACCAAAUGAAGAUGCAGCAGUACUUGAAGAAGGUGGUGAUGUGGACGAUUUACUGGACAUGAUAUGACUGUGGACAUGUGGGGAAUCCAAGAGGACCAUCCCCAUGGUGCUGAGCGAUGAAUACAGCAUCAUGGAGGCCAUUCAGGGGAACCUGAAGCUUUGGAAACCAUCCUAGCAAGUAAUGAGAGCAAAUCAUCCCAUGUCUCGGUGGAGUGACCACGUGCAUAUAUGUUAUAAGGAAUAAUUUAGACCCCAUCCAAGUUUAUAAAGAAUCUUUUUUUUCUGAUUGGCA